AUGGGCGGCAGCCUUUGGCAUGGCACCAAUGGAACUGGACCGCCAAGAGCUGAGUGGAACGUUCGGGCGGACAUGCCAAGUAGUCGCGUGGUAUAUCCACAUGUGACCACCUUGUGUCCAUUGGAUGUGGCCGGUGCCGCGCAGAUUGAUGGUGUGCAAUAUCAGCAGUUGUUGCACUGCCAGGAGCGGGUGCCAGUUGUGAAAGCUCUUCUCGAGAUGUAUUCGGCCUGGUUGCUGAGAUGUCCCUGGUCAGAGCCUCGACAUGGGCCCAAGGGCCCAGCUGAUGCACAGCUGCGAUCGUCAGUGGUCUAUGACUUGGCAGCUGUGACGAUGCUCCCAGUCUUUUCUGGUGGCUUUAUAAAGCUUCAGGAGGUGCAUGUCGCGUUGGAAGACGACGGCUUCACAGUGCCCAUCAUUUCUGGGUGGCCGAUGACGGCUGGGAUCUCUUGGCGCAGCCCUGGUUGGGAGACGUUUGUGGUGCAGCUGCUCUGCAAUACGGCAGAAGUGAUCGCAUGA